AUGAUUAGUGAUAGUCGGGCAAGAUUCUUCGAAUCAUUAGAACAGGACAUUAAAGCAAACCCAAGAAGAUUUUGGUCCGUUUUCAAACUUGGCAAUAAAGCAAGCAGCGUUCCUGAGCAAAUGUCUGUACCAUCUAGCAGCAAAAACACAGCCACGGGUGUCACAUCCGUUCGGAAAGUAGUCUCUAGUUCUGUCGACAUCGCAGAAGCCUUCAACCAACAUUUUGCAUUGGUAUUUUCUGGCGAUACAGAAGAACCUCGCCCCCAAUUACCUACUAUUAGCUGUCCAGUCCUUCAAGAUAUAUCCCUCUCACCCUGCGAGGUUGCCGCUGCACUUCGUUCCCUUGACGGCAGCAAAGCAACUGGACCUGAUGAGAUCUCGGCAAGGCUACUAAAAGAAACAGCUGAACAGGUCGCACCCUGUCUAACUUUACUCUACAACAAGUCACUCGAGACAGGCGUAUUUCCAGACGAGUGGAAACUGUCAAAUAUUGUGCCGAUACACAAGAAAGAUAACAAAGAUCAUGUUGAGAACUAUCGUCCAAUAUCCCUGCUAAGUAUUAUCUCGAAAAUUCUAGAACGGUGUGUUCUGAUUCGUGUGCUUGACCAUCUAUUACUGAUGUUAGACCGUGCGCAACAUGGAUUCAUUCCUGGAAAAUCCUGUGUGACUCAACUGGUUGAAGUUAUCGACUACAUUGGCUCCUUACUAGACUCUGGCAAGCAGACUGAUGUGAUUUAUCUAGAUAUGUCGAAAGCCUUUGAUAAAGUGCAACACUCUCUUAUCGUUGAUAAACUACGCCAGUACAACAUCUCUGGUAACCUGUUGAACUGGUUUACAUCCUACCUUCGUGGGCGAAGACAACGUGUUACGGUACUUGGUGCGACAUCAAAAGAACGCAAAGUAACAUCUGGUGUUCCUCAAGGUUCCAUCCUUGGACCAAUGCUCUUUCUUUUAUAUGUGAACGAUCUGCCCAAGACUGUGAAUUUCGCUGAUGAUACGAAGAUUCUGAAGCAAGUGGACAACCUGCAAGACACUGCUGGUCUUCAAAACGACAUUAUCAGUCUUAA